GAGAUUCAAAUGAGCUAGAAAUAUUGAAGUUUGUUUUGCGAAAUUACAGUACUGAUAAGGCUGGAUAUUUUCGCUUUUUAUUAAUACUAGAUUUUCACUUCAGUAGGACCUUUAUACAUACCCAGAUUAAAUUGAUCUAAUUACUGUAAUGUGCUUUUCUUAAAUUAUCUUGUACAGUAAAUAUUGUAUUAUACUAAUAGAAAUUCUCUAACCCUCAGUAAGUGUGGCUUUUAAUUUGUGACGAUGGAUGGCCCGAAUGGAGGAGGGGGGGACUGUGUAGGAGGAGGAGAAUGGCGAAGUGGAAACUAUGAUGCAACAAACCAGAUAAAACGCCUAUUGAAUAUCCACAUAGACGACGUAGGGAAGCAAAUUGUGGAUGCUCAGCCUCACACUCCUCCACAGAAUAUUCCUGGGCAUAGACAGGGAGGUAAUAUGAAGAGCCUUGGGAAAUAUAUGAACGUGGCCAGAGAAGAGUACGUCAUCCGUGGCCGUGAUCCACCGGCGGAUAAUUGCAGUGCCCAGGGCAAGUCUGCUGUAACCAGUGAUGGACAACCUGCUAACUUUCCUUCACGUUCAAACAUGGCAAAGGAUGGAAAGCGGGAGAUUAGUGGUGUGUACGUGUGCAAUGUUCCUUGCUUGAUGACCUGGGAAACCUUGAAAAAGAUCUUCAGUGAGCACGGGAAGGUCGUGGGUGGGUUCAUCCGAAAGCCAAAGAACAAUUUUCUCCCUUCUCAAGUCACUUGGGCUAUUGUGAAUGUGGAGAGCAGGAGUGACGCUGAGGCGAUGAUUGCUGCCUUGGACCACACGCCACCUCUGUAUCUGAAGGUGGAACUGGCCAUGACUGAUGAGGAGAAGCAGAAGAGGCACAGAGAUAAGACCAUCAGACCUAAGCUUGAGCAGGAAUGUGUUGGGAAGACAUGCAGUGUUUGUGCGGCCAAGUUGUGGGAGCAGCCAUAUCCCUGUGUGUCGUGUGGCACCUUGGGCAAGUUCAGAUGUUCAGUGUGUAAGGCUUUGUAUUGCAGCGAGAAGUGCCAGAUGAACGACUGGUACUACCACAAGAACACUUGCUCCCCUCCCCCGUUAUUGGAAGCAGGACCGUCCAGCUCUCCGAAUAUCUCGAGGGAUGAUAACAGGGACCAUCGCCUACAAGUACAGUCGUCUUCCUCCAGCAUCUCAAACCAGACGCACGCGUCUCUAGUCGCACGUGAAACUACUGAUUUAUUAUCUCUUAUGCAGCAGUUGAGAAAAAUGAUUCAUAAUGAAAAUAGGGAAGAAAAACAGCAAAUUGAGACGGGUGAAUCUCUUGAGGAUAAGCAUCGUAGUGACCAAUAUUGUUUGUCUACUAAUGUCAAUUUUGAAAGGGACAUGGAGUCAGAUUCCCUUCAAAAAAGGGCCAUUGGAUGCCCAAAUAUUCAGCAAACAUUGAAAACACUUCAAAAUAUUCUCCUGUCACAAGGAAGUAAUGUGCCUGUCUCUGAAACAGAGAGGAGACUGAAGCCUACCAGUACAGAGAAGGAACAGAAGCCUACUAGUACAGAAAGAGAACAGGCACCUACCAGUACAGGGAAGCAACAGAAGCCUACUAGUACAGAAAGAGAACAGGAGCUUACCAGUACAGGGAAGCAACAGAAGCCUACUAGUACAGAAAGAGAACAGGAGCCUACCAGUACAGGGAAGCAACAGAAGCUUACUAGUACAGAAAGAGAACCAAGGCCUUCCAGUACAACUAUCAAAUUCCCCAGGACUUGUAAUCGAAUACAACCUUCCAGGCCUCUCCGACGCCCCUAUUGUGAAAGUGCAAGUUCAGUGAAACAAAUCACCAGUAAUACUGAUAAGGAAUCUACUGAAACACUGGCAGUCUCCCAGAAAAUAAACACUGGUAUUAUUGAAAAAGGAAUUGCUGCAUGUGUUACAUCGAACAGCUGUAGUAAUUCUAAUGAAAGUAAUCAGUUACAGUCUGGUUGCAGUACACAAAAGCUAGAAGAGUUUAAUAACUUUUUCAGCAGUGCAUCAGCACACAUCUCUUCACCUGUUGUAGAAGGUUCAGUCUCUCCUGAAUUGAGGGAAUCCCUACUAAAUAUGCAUUGUGUCUUGGAUGAAUUAAAGCUUAGUCAAAUAUACGAAGGCUUCAUCACGCGGGUUGAGAGCUACAAGUACUUUACACUUGUUGUUAAUGACACUCGUGCUAGAGCAUUUUAUCCUGAAGCACAGGAGUUAUUAGUCAGUGCUCCCUUUGAUGAAAAAUUUAAACCAAGGGUGGGAUGCCAAGUGGCUGCAACUUCUUUAUCCGACAACUCUUGGAAUCGCGCGUUCAUUUAUAAAAUAGAGGGAGAGAACUAUCACGUAAUUUUCAUCGAUUUGGGUAACAUGGAGACAGUUAAAAUGGUUAAACCACUCCCCAUUGGACCAUUGUCUGAGUUGCCAGGCUUUGCUAUAUUAGCUAAGAUUCACUGUGAAGUAGAGCCAGAAAUUAAGAUGCAAUUACAAAAAAUGAUCACACUAGAAGAGAAAAUUGUCUUGAAGGUUAUAAGCAAGAAGUCCAAGUCUUUAAAAGUUUCUCUGUUAAGUAGUGAUUCAUUUAUUGUGGUGGCUGACUAUAUCCUGAGACCAUGGUACACCUCUAUACCUUUGUUACACGAUGUUAAGGGUACACCAUCAUGUCCAACUUCGGGCCGUCUUUCAAGCCUCGGCUCAAAGCUUGAUCCUUCAGAAUCUCUCUUCUCACAAGAUAAGAGCAUACUUACUGAUGUUGAUAUAUGUAAGAGAAACUUUGAGGAGAAACCUGAAGAUUUUUCUCAUCGACAGAAAGCCUCACGUUAUCAGCGCAUCGAUGAAGCUACCGAAUCCAGCAAAGUAGAUAGACGUAAAAAUUCCCAUAGGUACUCUGAAGUUACAAGAACACCCGUGGCUUCAUCAUUGCAGAGUAUGGUUGAUGCUGACACUAGAGAAAGGUUCUGGGCUGUAGACCUCAGAGAGACUGUGCUGGAAAAUAAAAGAGAGUAUAUAGUGGUGCCUGUGUGGGUUGAUGAGCACAACAAACUGUGUGUUCAUCUAGUGUCUAAGAAGUCUACUCUUGAGUAUCAGAAGUUGAAGCAAAGUCUAGUGGAACAUUGUGCAAGAGGAUGCAGAGUGCGUGAUGUUCAAGCUGGGGAGAUGGUGUGUGGCUUUGUAGUGAGCGACGGAACGUGGUAUCGUGCCCAGGUCAAGAAGGUUGAUGCCAAUUUUGUCCACUUAUACAUGGUUGAUUUUGGCAACUUUGAAAUUGUCCCUCAGGCCAAUAUUUGUGAAUUUACUGCCUCCCUAAUGCAGCUGCCAUGUUUUUGCAUCAAGGUGAAAGUGCAUGGAAUAUCAGAGGAAGAUGAAAUGGCAAGAAGUAAGAUGUUAUCCCUAGUUGACUCAUCAGCGCUGCUGUUAAUGUGUCCUCAAGGAGCUGACAGUUCAGAGUUUGAACUUUAUGAUCCCAGGACAAAUAUAUUGUUGAAUGACCAACUGUCGUCAAGUAAGACAAUGGUGGAUCAUAAGGAGUUACCAUCAGCAGAAACUUCUUUCCUCGUCAACAAGUUAACAGAAGAAGAUCACAGCAACCCUUCGGACAAAUCUAUAUCAUUUUUAUCAAAGAAAAACUCUGGAAGAAUUGAAGAGCUUCCCAGAGUAUCAGAGUCAUCCGCUCAGUUAGAAAUCGCACCCAUUCCUUCUCUUUUGCAAAUUCCAGGAAUUUGUAAAACUGAUGGAGUGUACUCUGCCGACGCACAUCUUCCACCUAGGGAAACACACACAGGCCACACUAUGAGAAACACAAGUAUAUGCAACACCUCCAGUGUUGCCUGUGAUAAGUCGGUGACAUCAACCCUUCCAGCCAGUGAAGAAGUUAAUACAGAUAGAACUUACAGUGAGAGCAUGGUUGUUGCAAGUAAGGUGCCAAUGUACGCUACAUGCAAGAGUACACAGCUACCUGUAGCGAAAGAUGUGUCCGUUUUUGUUUUUGAAGCAUGCAACCCUCACGGUAUAUUUGUGAUUCCAAGGGAUUCUCUGCAUCUCAUUGGAAAGCUGGAGGAGAUGAUGGAUCACAUGAAGAAGUACUGUGAGAAUGCCUCUGGGGGCUUCUACAGACCCAUACUUGGGGAACUAUGCCUGGCCAAGUUCAGUGAAGAUCAGAGGUGGUACAGAGCAGCAUGCAUCAGGCCGGAGCUGGAGUCGGCACUGGUUAUUUUCAUCGAUUAUGGAAACACGGAGGAAGUGCCUUACAACAGUAUACGCCAGAUACAAGAGUCAUUCCUGGAGCUGCCUUGUCUAGCUCUACACUGCAUUCUUCAUGGCAUCUCUGAGCAUGGGAUACAGAAAGCAGCAGCAGCAAGAAUUGGCCAGCUUCUUCCCAAAUAUUCAGAAGUCAUUGUGGAUGUGCUGGAGCAACACAGCAAUGGUACCUAUAUUAUUGCAGUGCCUGAAGUAACACAGGCUCUCAUUACUGAAGGUCUGGUAGUGCCCAGUGUGUGACUCCAUCACCUGGAAUAUUACUGAGGGUCCGUAGUAGUGCCCAGUGUGUGACUCCAUCACCCGGAAUAUUACUGAGGGUCCGUAGUAAUGCCCAGUGUGUGACUCCAUCACCCGGAAUAUUACUGAGGGUCCGUAGUAG